AUGCAACCAGUGCACUUUGAGUCAAUCCAUGACAGAAACAAAGAAAAAAUAUACAGCCAAACAGAGAAAGAUGCAUUAGCUAUCAAAUGGGCCAAGGAGAGAAUGAGAUCUUCUCUUCUCGGAGCACCGAAAUUCCAGAUAGUUACCGCACACAAGUCGUUGCUACCUUUGAUUAAUAAAACCAAAGCAAAGAUGCCUCCAAGAAUAGAAAAAUGGGUGAUGGAGAUGCAAGACGUAGACUUCGAAGUAAUCUACGAGCCAGGAAAGGACGAGGCAGGUCCCUUAGACUACUGUACAUUUCGAGACAUCCUUUCAGGAUACAGGAAACGACGACACAGAGAAAAUUGUAAAAUGGACAGUAGACAGCGAGCACGCCGUAGUUGUAGGAAGAAUACGAGAAGAGACACAGAAAGGCCCAAGGAUGCAGAAGAUUGCUAA